CUUUAUUGGCCCUGUUUCGACCGCGGACAGACAGAAGCAAGUGGACCGGUUUAAUGCUAAGCUAACUCAGUCAAUUUACAAGCGGGUAAUUUUGAUUUUUGCUUUGGUUUCCUCCUCAACCCACGCGCGGAUCUACUUUCGAAAAUUCAUAUCUACAUGUAAAUAUUCUAGCUGGUAGGCUAACAAGCGGAACCUGCCGUUUAUUUUGGUAAACCGCUUCUGUGCUGCUAGCAGAAUCAGCAGCGGUAGGCGCCAGUCCUGUUUGACAACAGCGUUAUUUGGUCACGUUCUUGGUGUUGUUGUUUGUAGCUGCUCAGUGAACGAGCUAAUUCCCGUUAGCUGCAACCGGGAAAGCAAGAAAACUCCCGCUAACGAUAUAAGAGAAGUCCAUCAUGGCAGAAUUCCUCGAAGACCCGUCGGUUCUCACGAAAGAUGAGCUGAGAGAUGAGCUUAGAGCAAACAAUGUGCGACUUCCCAGCGGCGUGCAUAAGAAAGAGGUGUACGUUCAACUGUAUCUCAAAAACUUAACCAUAUUGAACAACAAGAAAAGUCCACCCGCGGACACCUUUUCCAGCGACGAAGAGUUGCCUGCACCUGUGGUUUCCAACAAAAGUCGGUCUGGCAGAAAAGCUACAAAAAAGACAGACAAGCCUCGCACAGAAGAAGUGGAGGUGACAGAUCUCACUGACGAAGAUUUAAAACAGCAGCUGGCAAAACACGGUGUGGAAUCAGGACCCAUUGUGGCCUCAACUCGAAAGGUGUAUGAGAAGAAGCUGCAGAAGCUUUUGGAUCAGCCUCCAGUUGAGCCUGAAGCUCCUACAGACGUAACAGUUCUCCCAAAGGCUGACAGUAACCAGAAUGGAAACACAAACUCUGACCAGUACAGUGACAAAGAAGAUGAGGAGAUUACGGCCCCUGAACCUGAGGCAGUUCCUGUAGUGGAGAAGCCUGUGCGAAGUGGAGGGAAAGCUCCCGUCACUGUCAGAACGAGCAGCAGACGACAAGCAAAGGUGGUUGAAGAAGUGGUUGUUACCGAAGAGAGUCCCAAGAAAAAGACAGCGGAGAGUGUUGUUGAAGAUAUUCUUGCCAAUGAAAUAAGCACACCAACAGGCAUCAGUGCAACUUGCAGGCGUCCAAUUCGAGGGGCAGCUGGUCGACCAGUAAAACCAGGCGAUUACUGGCUGGAUGAGUCCCGCGUGCAGCGCACCAUCCACACCGAAAGCCGCACCUACUCAGAGUCUUUUACCAGAGGAGGCAGUGUCACAGUUUCUUCAAGCAAAGCGCCAGCCCGACGAGGUUUCCUGUCUGUCCUACUCAAGCUCCUGCUGCUCAUUGCUGUGGUUGCUGGUCUGUACUAUGCCUACCAGAAUCUGGAUGCCAGUCACAUCAACACCCUGAAAGGUCUCCUGGACGGUGUGGUCGUCCCUCUGCAGGGCGUUGUUGAAAACGCAGCCACCUACCUGGGUAUCAGCGGUGAUGGUGCCACACAGAGUACCGACAAGUAAAGACCCUCAGCAGUCCCUCGCCAUACCCAUGCCGCCUCCCCUCCACCUGCCACAGCACAUCACAACCCACGCACCAAACUGGGCUCACCUCCUCUUCCUUUUUCCUACAUGUGUGGACAAAGGACACAGUUUUAAUUGGAAUCGAUUAACUUUUUUCCUCUCUGGGUUUGUGCUCUCCUCUGACCACUAGAGGGAGCUAUACUCAAACAGUAGCUUCUGGAUAAUGCUGUUUUGUGGCAGUCAGAAGAGACUAAUUUUAAUGUUGAUUUUAAUCUGUGAAUUGUUUGUGUCUUUGUGUAUUUAACCCGUGUAUGUAGAAAAGAGUACAGAAUGGAGAGGCCAGGUUAUCCAUGCAUGGUUGUAGUUUUUAAAGGUCAUACUGUAGUUCUUAAUGCUCUGUGCCAGGUUUUUUCUGAUGGUGGAGUGCCUGGACAAUGUUAGCACUUAGUGCCCUCCCAUUUUGAAGCACAAAGCUACACUACUACUAAUACCAUAUUAUCUUCAUGUCUUUCUAUAUGGUUUUCAUAAUUUGCUCUGUAGUUAGAGAUUUAGCUAGAGAUCAUUUCUAUGGUGCUCAGGUCAAUUCAGCUCAAACCUUUUCAUGUGGUCUGUGCUGGGAGGACACACAUGGUGCGGUCAGGUCACAACACUGCAUGAGGAAAACCAACCCUCAUUCAAUCUCCAAUAAAAGAUUCUUUUUAGUCAAUCACAGUAUUCGAGGUUCUGAAGUUACACCUCGGGUCACCUUUUCAUUGUGUUGUAAUCAUGACUUCUGGAGUCGUCAGAUUGAAAUAGAAGACUUAAUGUUUGUUUGUUUGUUUUGUUUGUUUUUUUUAAAGCAUCUUUUUACAACAUCCUCAAAGUUUCACAUGCAGGAUAUGGAAAAAUCAAAUGAAACUGCUUUUUAUAUGAUCAUUUGACUGUCCCUGCUUCAGGAAACUGCAGCAUACUGUCAUACAUCAUUACUAAUUUUCCAGGCCUGCCUGUGUGCCCAUUUGAGUUUACAUGCUUUGGGUUUUAGUGCUUUGUUGUGCUUUUUUCCAUUUUUGUUUCUGUUAGAUUUCUGAUCCUUCAGUCCUUGAUGUAUGUGCAGGACUGGCUCAUGCAGGGCACCCACAUAGCCCACCUCACUGACACAGCAGACCUGCAAACACACAUGGAGAAAGCGGAUUCAUUGGGAUGCUUAACCUGUUUGCUUGUUUUUAUCUGCCUGUUUAAAUUGCCACAAAUUUACUGUAAAGGGUUUGUUUGACCACUGGGAUGACUCGCUGCAUUGGUUUUUCUGGAAGUGAUUGGGGGGGUGGGGGGGGAUUCCUUGGGUGUCUUGUUUCUAUUUUGAUAUUUUUCUAAAGUAGCGUGUUGAGCUUUUUAUAGCACAUUUUAAGGUAACAGUUGAAAGCAAUAUGUAAUCCAUUCAGAUGGGACUGUAUCCUAACCAGAACUUUCAUGAUUUAACACAAUUGAUUUCUCAUCAGGCAGCUCUCCCACAGUGAACAGAAGGACAGGGGUUAUGUGGGUAAGGAUUCUGAAUCUGUUUAUUUAUGAUAAUGUAGGCAGUGUAUCAUAAAAUAAACUUGAUUGUUACCAGA